CAGUGUCAGCUGGCAACAACUGUCAUUAGAGGUGAUGAGAGUUGUACGUUGAGAUGAAUCAAAGGUCUCCAUGAGGGUGUACAAGAUCAUAUUCAAUAUGAGAGGUGUACAGUAGCUAUCAUGCUCGUAACCCUUGGCUUGAAUGGGAAGCCUCCUUAAUAGUGUUUUAAACUAUGUUUGUUCCCAUAAUACCCACAUCCAGCAAUUAGGAAUACUCGUCAAUAGUUGUCCAAUUCUGGUAAUAGAGACUGAAGUACAAGUGGUAAUAGAGAAUACUCAACUAACUUGUGUUCGAAGCUUUGCGGAAAUAGGGAUUUGUUUCCUUACCAAGUCCAAUUUAACGUUUGUUUCCUUCUUUCAAUGUUUUUUUUCCUUUGUUUUUUUUUAAACUCAUAAUUGUUGGGUGAAAUUAGCUAGUCGUUUGGUGAAUUGGUGUGGUGGUUUGAAGUGAGUUGGAAGAUGAGGUUUUGGGGUUUAAUGAAGUGUGAAGGUGUUGCCAUUCAUGGGAGAGAACUGUAGCAGGAACUGAAAUUGAGAGAAGAUGUGUUUUUGUCAUCUAAUGUAGUUUUUCACCAGGCUAAUAAACUUUGACUUUCUUUGUAGGAAAACAUCAGUGAAGUUGAGUGAUGUAUUUGGUUGGAAUGGAAGUAUUUGGUUCUAUUUUCUGAGAUUUAAGUUCGACGGUGGCUGUUUGUUUGUGAUACAGUGGUUGAAGUUGAGUGAUGUUGGUUGCUGCGUGCAAUUUGAGUUAGUGUCAAUAGGCAUGGAGGAUUCUUGACCAGGCCAUUUACUGCAUGCCAUACUAAAUUUGAAUGCUGUUAUGGACCAAUUUCUCAUUAUUUAUGACCAGUUUCUCUCAAGAAAGGUGAAACUCAAUUCUGGUUAGUUUGGAUUUUUUACUAUCAAGGAGAUGUUUUCUUACUUUUUGGUUUGUAGGCUGUGUUGGAUUUCUUGUGUCCUAGUCGCAAGUAUCAAAGUUUGUUUCGGCUGAUUUUGGUGCCAGUUAUACUUGGUUCUUAGCCUUGUUUGUAGCAGCGAACAUACAUAAAUAAAAUGGUAAGUUCAUAUUGGGAAGGGCAAUGGUUCUUAGCCCUCUAAUGUUGAUAAUUCCUGAAGGAAUCCUAUUUUUCUUCAACAACCUUUACCUCCAGAGCAGCACCGAGUAGUAUAUUGAAUAGUCCUUACACAUUUCCAAUACCAGUGGAUGUUGGUGGUCCACAUGGGAUGCCAUUACACACUCUAAAGGAAAUGAAGAUCAACUAAAGUCAUAACUUGGUGCUACAACCUACCAAAACAAAACAUUUAGCACCAAACAAGCAUCAUAAAUGGAGUUCCAACUAUUCAUUGUUCCAUUUCUUCUUCUAACCUUCAUAUCUUCUCUUUUGAACUUGACUCUAGCUGACUUAAACUCUGACAGAAAAGCCCUUCUUGAAUUCUCUUCUACUCUCCAACAUACCUCAAGAUUAAACUGGAACAACUCAACACCAAUUUGCACUUCAUGGAUUGGCAUAACUUGCAACCAAAAUGAAACAAAUGUCAUAAGCAUCCAUCUUCCAGGAAUCGGAUUAAAGGGCACCGUUCCAAACAACAGCAGCCUAAGAAAACUUGAUUCCCUUAAAAUCCUAAGCCUUCAUUCCAAUGAGCUUAGUGGAAAUCUACCUUCUAGCAUUCUAUCUAUUCCUUCCCUUCAAUAUAUUAACCUUCAACAUAAUAACUUCACAGGUCUUGUCCCUUCCUUUAUCUCCACAAAACUCAUUGCAUUGGAUCUUUCCUUUAACUCUUUCUUUGGAGCUAUUCCUGUUUUCAACCUUUCAAGGCUCAAAUAUUUGAAUUUGAGCUAUAAUAACUUGAAUGGCUCAAUUCCAUUUUCUAUUAAUCAAUUCCCUUACACUUCUUUUGUUGGAAACUCACUUUUAUGUGGUAAACCUCUCAAUCAUUGUUCAAUAAUUUCUCCCUCUUCAUCUCCUUCGCCGUCAACUACUCAAAACCGAAAUGCUACAACUUCAAAGAAAUUCUUUGGAGUAGCUUCUAUACUUGCUUUUGCAAUUGGAGGUAUAGCGUUUCUUUCUCUCAUAGUUUUGGUGAUCUUUGUGUGCUGUUUGAAGAAGAGAAGGAGUAAAAGAAGCAAUGAUAUACCGAAAGGAAAGGCGGAGACCGAGGAUUCAAUAUCAAAGAGUUUUGGAAGUGGUGUGAUGGAGGCUGAGAGGAACAAGUUGUUCUUCUUUGAAGGUUGUUCAUAUUGUUUUGACCUUGAAGAUUUGUUGAAGGCUUCAGCUGAAGUACUUGGAAAAGGAAGCUAUGGUGGAACAACAUAUAGAGCUACAUUGGAGGAAGGAAUAACAGUUGUGGUUAAAAGGUUAAGGGAAGUUGUGGUUGGAAUGAAGGAGUUUGAGCAACAGAUGGAGGAUGUUGGACGAAUUGGAAGACAUUCCAAUGUCAUACCACUUAGAGCUUAUUACUAUUCAAAAAAUGAGAAACUUCUUGUUUAUGAUUACAUGCAUGGAGGAAGCUUGUUUUCCUCACUUCAUGGAAACAGGGGAGUAGGAAGAACUCCAUUAAACUGGAAUUCUAGAAUGAAGAUUGCACUAGGAGCUGCGAAAGGAAUUGCUUCCAUCCACACAGAAGGAGGUUCAAAAUUUAUUCAUGGCAACAUAAAGUCAACCAAUGUACUCAUAACACAAGAACAUGAUGGUUACAUCACCGAUGUAGGACUCACUCCCCUAAUGAACACCUCAUCAGGUUCAAUCAUGUCCAGAUCCAAUGGCUACCGUGCUCCAGAAUUGGUGGCCGAGUCAAGGAGGACCGCCACUCAGAAGAGUGAUGUUUACAGCUUUGGUGUGCUCCUUCUUGAAAUGCUUACAGGGAAGAUUCCACUUGGAUAUUCUGGUUAUGAUCAUGACAUGGUUGAUCUUCCAAGGUGGGUUAGGUCGGUGGUCCGUGAGGAAUGGACAGCUGAAGUUUUCGAUGAGGAGAUGAUUAGAGGAGGAGAAUAUGUUGAAGAGGAGAUGGUACAGAUGCUUCAGAUUGCAUUGGCUUGUGCGUCAAAGUUGGUAGAUGAUAGGCCAACAAUGGAUGAAGUUGUUAGAAAAAUAGUGGAAAUUAGACAGCCUGAGUUGAAGAAAAGUACAUCUUCAGAAUCUGAGUUUAAUGUAUAAACACUGACAUGAAGUUUUAGUUGCCAACUUCUUCUAAAACUAAGCCAAAGUAGAAUUGUUUCUUUGUGACAAUACUAAUAUUUCAGGUCCAUGUUAUGUUGGCCAUUUGAGUUUUCAAGUUACACAACUUUUAAUACAAUUUAGGAAUCUAUACACAAUGAUAAGGUCAAG